AUCAUCUCCCAAAUCUUACAGCAUAUUCAACAAAGAUACUAAAGAAUUUCCCAAGAUUUCUUCAAUCCUAACAUCCAAAAUAUUCCAGAAUCGCAUCCUAGGCAGUAUCUUUUCGAGUGUUUCAUAGGAUUUUUUUGGUAGUUGCUAGAUCUUGAAGAGGAUAACUAUAUAUAUAUAUAAUGAAGAGAUCAUCAACAAAAAGCUUGAUAAGUGGCGGUGGAAGAUGUGCAGCUUGCAAACAACUAAGAAGGAGAUGCCCAUCAAAUUGCAUACUUUUGCCAUAUUUCCCCUCUAAUGAUCCUCAAAGAUUUGCUUUUGUCCACAAAAUCUUUGGUACUAGCAACGUUGAAAUGAUGCUCCAGCAAGUGGAAGAGCAUGAGCGAGCAGACGUAGCAGAAUCCUUGUACUAUGAAGCACAUUGUCGGAUUAAGGAUCCAGUUUAUGGUUGUGCCGGAUUAAUUACUAUUUUAUGUGACCAAAUUUUCAAUCUUGAAUGUCAAUUGGCCAGAGUGCAAGCUCAGAUACAAAUCCUGAAAGUACAGCAUCUAGGGCCACGUUUGGAAGACCCGCAACCUCAAUUCUCACAACAUUUUCCUAUGAACAACUUCAGAAUGCUUCCAUAUCAGUGAUGCAGAUUGUAAGUUUCAACAAUAAGUGCUCUCGAUUAUUAGAGCUUUUGAAAGAAAUGAACACAUCGGACAAGCGUUAUAGUGUGUCAAAAUGUGCUCUCUCUCUAUAUGUCAAUAUUUAUUUUAUCAAACAGUUGAUAACAAAAUGACAGCACAAUGCUGUUCCAAUCGUUUAUUGUUUAGAUGCAGCUCGCAAUGCC